GCAUAAAACAUGAAAAUUGUGGAUGGUGUGAUGAUAAUAAAAGAUUUAUUGAAAGUUGCAUUGAAUUAAAGUCUAAUUAAUGCGCUGUCAAUAGUUGGUAUUAUUAGAAAAGCGAUACAAAUAAUGUUUGUCAAAACGAGAAAUUGUAUUUAAAUGGAAAAUCUAAUGAUAAAGAAAUUUCUAAAUAAAUAGAUUUUGAAAAUAAGUAAAAUUAAGAAAUAGCUAAAUAAAGAAAAAUAAGAAAAGAAUAAUUUGAAAAUCAAACUGAAAAUUAGAGAAUGCUUGCUUUUAAAUAAGUAAACUAUUAUUUAAUUUAUAAUUUAAUCAUUUUUAUUUAAGAAAUAGGAUAUUUUGGAAUAAAAAAAUGAUAGAUUAUUAAUAGUGGAAAAUCAAAUAAUUUAAUUAUAAAAUCAAAUUUCUGUUUUGAAAAAAAAUAAAGAUAAUAAAUUAAGAGAAUUAGAAGUAAAAAAACUUAAAUUAUAGACUUAAGAGCAUAAAUAAAAUGAAAAUUAUCAAGAUAAUAAAGAUGCUAAAGAAAAUAGUAUAUAUCGUAAAUAAGAUGAAGACAAUAAAGAUAUUUAAGAUGGUAAAAAUAAUAAAAAUGAUGAAAAUGGAGAAGAUAAAGAAGAUGGUGAAAAUGCAGAAGAUAAAGAAGAUGGUAUAAAUGGCGAAGAUGGAGAUGGAGAAGAAGGAGAAGAUGAAAAAGAUGAAAAUGAUGGAAAAGAUGGAGAAAAUAAAGAAGAUCAAGAAGAUGGCAUAAAUGGCGAAGAUGGAGAAGAUAGUGAAGAUAUUAAACAUGAUGAAGACGGAGAUAAUAAAAAGGAUGACGAAGAUGGUGAAGAUGGCGAAAAUAGAAAAGAUAGUGAAGAAAGUGAAAGUGAAGAUGAUAAAGAUAGUGAAGAUGAUAAAUAUAUUAAUAAAAAUGAUAAUAAGUACGGAGAAGAUACUAACAAAGAUAAAGAAGACAAUAAUAAAGCCAGAGAAGUAAAUAUUAGUUAAGAUAAUUAAUAAAAUAAAAGUAAGACUUCAAAAUAAAAAAAAGAAAAAGAUAAAGAAGAUGGAAAAUAAAAAAAAAAAAAAGAUAAUAAAGAACAAAUAAUUAAAUAAGAAGAAAAUUAAGAAGAUGAAUUAUAAUAAUAGAAAGAAAAUUAAAAAAAAAAAAAAGUUAACUCCUAAGUAGAAAAAAAUAAUGGAACAUUAUCACAAACGGAUAAUGAAAAUAAAAAAGAAAAUUAGAGAAAACAGAUGAUAAAAAUAACAAUAAACGUGAAGUAGGAAAAAAAGAAACAGAUAAAGAAACAGAAACAUAAGCAGAAACAUAAGCAGAAGCGUAAACGGAAACAAAAACAGAAGCAGAAACAGAAGCAGAAGCAGAAACAGAAACAGAAACAGAAACAGAAACAGAAACAGAAACAGAAACAGAAGCAGAAACAGAAGCAGUAAUGGAAGCAAAAACAGAAGCAGAAACGGAAGCAGAAACUAAAACAGAGACUAAAACAGAUAAAGACAAAGAAAAAGAAACAGAAUAAGAAAAAGAAAAAGAAACAGUAACAGAAACAGUAACAGAAAGAGAAUAAGAAAAAGAAAAUGAAACUGAAACUAAAACUAAAACUAAAACUAAAACUAAAACUAAAAUCAAAACUAAAACAAAUAAGGACAAAGAAAAAGAAACAGAAUAAGAAAAAGAAACAGAAUAAGAAAAAGAAACAGAAACAGAAUAAGAAAAAGAAACAGAAACAGAAUAAGAAUAAGAAUAAGAAUAAGAAUAAGAAUAAGAAUAAGAAUAAGAAUAAGAAUAAGAAUAAGAAUAAGAAUAAGAAUAAGAAUAAGAAUAAGAAUAAGAAUAAGAAUAAGAAUAAGAAUAAGAAAAAGAAACAGAAAUAGAAACAGAAACAGAAACAGAAACAGAAUAAGAAUAAGAAUAAGAAAAAGAAACUGAAACAGAAAUAGAAAUUAAAACAGAUAAAGAUAAAGAAAUAGAAACUGAAACUGAAACUGAAGCAUAAAAUGAAACAGAAACUAAAACAAAAACUGAAACAUAAACAGAAGCAGAAACAGAAUAAGAAAAAUAAACUUAGACAGAAAAAGAAAUAGAAAAAUAAACAAAAACAAAAACAAAAACAUAAAAAUAAACAUAAACAUAAACAUAAACAUAAGCAUAAACAUAAAAAUAAGCAUAAAAUUAAACAUAAACAAAAUCAGAAUCAGAAACAGAAAUAGAAUCAGAAUCAGAAACAUAAACAGAAGCAUAAACAGAAACAGAAACAUAAACAGAAAUAGAAAAAAAAGAAGACAAAAAAUAAAAUAAAAAUAUAUAGAUAAAUAAAGAAAAAUGAAUGA